UUUCCGCUUUCUUUAUAAGCCUGAGAAGAUGGAACAGUGGAUCAAAGACAAAUAAAUUGGCGUUGUAAGCGCAUCUUAGAAUCGCGGUUAGCAGUGAUUGAAAAAAAAAUAAUUAAAAAAUUCGGAAAAAUAUGAAUUUUCGAAAAGACCUCGAUGCGCUUUUCAUUCUCAUCGUUCUCGUAAGCUUCCUCGGCAACGUUGCUUAUUCUUAUGCGAGAAGAACACGCUCCAGGGGAGGCGGGCACAAUAACUCGGACCCUGGAGAACCACUUUACCUCACGCACCUUUUGGAGGCUGGCCAGGUCGACUCCGCGAGGAGGCAAGCCGAAGUGGAUCGUCGAUUGAUGCUCAACGUCAAAAGCUACGCUGGCUACUUCACCGUUAAUAAGACCUUCAAUUCGAACUUGUUCUUCUGGUAUUUCCCGGCUAAGGAUAAUUCAGCGAGUGCUCCGGUGGUGUUGUUCCUCGAGGGCGGUCCCGGAGUGACGUCGAUGUUCAGUUUGUUCGAGCAAAAUGGUCCUUUCUCGGUGGAAACGGGUGAGAGGUUGGUGAGCCGUCGAGAGUCUUGGACGAACAAGCACAACGUGAUUUACAUCGACAACCCGGUCGGUUCGGGGUACAGUUUCACGGAGGACGAGGCAGCAUUGCCGACGACGCAGAUCCAGAUAGGAGAGGAGCUGCGAAUCGCGAUGGUUCAAUUUUUCCAGCUGUUUCCUGCGCUCCGUUCCAACGAUUUUUUCGUAACCGGCGAGUCGUACGCCGGUAAAUUCGUACCAGCGGCCACCUACGCGAUCCAUUUGUACAACGGGGAUGCGGAGAAGGAGAAAAAGAUUAAUUUGAAGGGAAUGGCGAUCGCGAACGGUUACACGGACCCGGUAAACCAGCUAAUCUACGGGGAUUAUCUCUACGAGAUUGGCCUCAUCGACGCGAACGGCAGGAAGCAAUUCCUGGAGCUCGAGAAGCAAGGCAGGGACCUGAUCCUCCAGCAUCAACACGCCGCGGCGUACGACGUCGUCGCAAAACUGGUCGAAGGCGAGGGCUCUCUUUUCAAGAAUUUAACCGGGUAUAACGCCGCGUUCAACAUCCUCGAGAUCAACGACCCGGUGAGGCUCGAAGCCGCCUUCGGCUGGGUCGAACGUCCCGAGAUACGUCGCGCUCUCCACGUCGGCAACAAUUCUUUCGUACCUUUUGCCGAAAAAGUAUCGAACCGCCUUAAGAACGACGUUACCCAGUCCCAGGCUGACCUCGUCGCUGCUCUCCUCGAGCACUAUCGAGUCCUCAUCUACACCGGCCAUCUCGACGUCGUUUGCUGUUACUCCUCGGUCCAAAAUUACCUUCAAAAAUUGUCAUGGUCCGGAGCCGAGGAAUUCAAAACCGCUAAGAGGGAAUUCUGGCGUGUCACCGACGGCGAUCUCGCCGGUUACAUAAAAAAAGCCGGCAACCUUCGCGAAGUCCUCGUCAGGGAAGCUGGACACUUGUCCUCUCGCGAUCAACCACAAUGGACUCUCGAACUCUUGGAAAAAUUCACUCACGGAUCUCUUUAGACUCGGAGCGCUGCGUAUCAAUGCUCCAUUCGAGCGAACCGUUUUUUUAUCUUUUACAAGGAUACUGAGAAAAAAUAAAUAAUCGAGCCUCAAAUCAAAA